AUGUCUACCGCGCGUUUGCCCCCCAGAAUUGUCAAGGAUAACCUGCGUUACUUUGAUGUUAUUAUCGCUGGCCCCUCUCAGUCGCCCUAUGAGGGAGGCAUCUUCAAGCUCGAGCUUUUCUUGACUGAAGAUUACCCCAUGAGGUGCUUGCCUGCCAUUCUGCGAUUUGGGGCGGUUACAUUUCGGCAGAUUACUGACCUGCCGCUCUUCAGCCCCCCGAAGGUGCGAUUCUUGACGAGGAUCUACCAUCCCAACAUCGACCGACUCGGCCGGAUUUGCCUCGACAUUCUGAAGGACAAGUGGAGCCCCGCGCUUCAGAUCCGCACAGUUCUGCUCAGCAUUCAGGCGCUGCUCAGUGCUCCCAAUCCCGACGAUCCCCUCGCCAACGACAUUGCUCAGCACUGGAAGACCAACGAAAAGGGAGCCAUCGAUACUGCUCGGGAGUGGACGAGGAGGCACGCAAUGUCCGACUAG